AUGAUGAGCCAAGAGCAAGAGCAAGAGAUCGACGAAGAUCAGUUUCCAAUUGGGAUGCGUGUGCUUGUGGUAGAUGAUGAUCGCACUGGCCUCCUCGACUUGGAAGCUGUGCUUCUUAACUGCCAUUAUCAUGUGUUGUCUGCAACUCUGCAAGUGGAGAUACAAAUUACAAAGGUUGUGAUGAAAGGAAAAUUGAAUGGAGCUUGUGAUUAUCUGCUGAAACCUGUCAGAGUGGAGCAGCUGAAGCUCAUGUGGCAACAUGUGUUCAAGAUCAGGAGGAGGACAAAGAUCAAUGUCGAUUUAAUGACAAAUAUUUCAGCUGCCACCGCUUGUUGUUGUGCCUCACCAGUCCCCCUCUCAACCAAAAGAAGACGGAAGCAAUGCAAUGAUCUAGACGAUAACAAGGAUCUUUCAAAACCAUCAUCAUCAACCCCGCAAAAGCAAAAGCCUCAGCUUGUUUGGUCUAUGGAAAUGAGUCCAAAGUUACAGAUUGCUGUUAAACAUUUAGGCAAUGUCGACAAGGCUGAGGCUGAACCCAAAAAGAUUGUAGAUCUGAUGAAUGUGGAAGGGCUGACAACAGAAAAUGUGCCGACUGCAAUCCAGCACGCGCUUCACAUUCUAGCUUCUUCUUAUCGGCCAAUGCUUGGUAACUUGAUGAUGCUGCACUCCGAAAGUUUCAUGAGGUGA